AUGGACAGAAUACUGGAAGGCUAUGCCAGCCCUGCACCACCAGGAGAUUCAGAGAGGAGCACAGCUGGAGGACAGGACCCAGGACUAACUGUGUUGGGGAAAACACAUGAGUUAUUUCAGAUUUGUGAUCUGGAAGGCAAAGGAUUCAUCACUUGUCAAGAUAUGCAGGUAAAACCAAAUUGUCUGUGUGAAAUGCACAAAGCUCCUAAUUCUCUUAAUGAGUUGAGACCGAUUAAUUUGGAAUUAAAAAUCGAAAUUAAUUUCAUCCUUACUGAGAAAGACUUUGCAGGUGGUUUUUGCCGCUUUCUUUUGGAGCAGAUUGCUUUGAACAAUGAGAUGAUGCAGCGGCCAGGAGGUGAAACGGCCUGCACAUUUACAUGUGAAGAGACCAUGAGUGAGGAUGAGGAUGAAGAAUUCCAGUUCUCAAAUCUGAUGAAUCAGCUUGGAGCUAAAAAGGUUUUAGAUGAUGAGAGUGAUGUGAAGCGACUUUGGCUGCAGCUGAGAAAAGAUGAACCUCAUUUACUUUCCAGUUUUGAGGAGCUCCUGGUCAGAAUUUUUUCUCAGCUCCAAGCAGCAGAGAAUGAGAAGAAUGAGUUGGAAUGCAUUCUAAAGAAGAGAAUUGCUGCUUAUGAUGAAGAAAUUCAACAUCUCUAUGAGGAAGUGGAACAGCAAAUCAAAAAGGAGAAGGAGCAGUUUCUGUUGAAAGAUGCAGAGAGGUUUCAGUCCUACAGUAAAGAGCUGGAGUGCAAGCUCCUGUCAAAAGAAGAAGAAAUGGAACAAUUGGUUCAAAACCAGAAAUGGUUAGAGCAGCAAUGUACAAACCUUCUCACUGGUAAAGAAGAAACCAAAGUAGAGAACACCAAACUGAAGCUGACUAACCAGGAACUGAUGAGAGACCUAGAGAGAACAUCUCACAAACUAAGCAUGGCUCAACAACAGUUACAGUUGCUUCAGAAGGAGGCAUCAAGACUAAAUGAGGAGAAGGAAAUGUAACUGUGCCUAGUGACAGAAACCUUACAGGCAGAGAAGCCUGGAGAUGAAGCAGGAGUGAAGCCGCUGAGCUUUUUACGGGAGAGGAACAAGCACCUCAAAGAUGAACAUGAUGGGUAUUUUGUAUUUCUGCAGAAAUGCAAAAUAGGUGUCCCAAAAGCCAGCUGGAAGCAAAGACCAGGGUCUGUCACUGGGAAAGACAAAGAGGGCAAUAUGCUAUCUAGCAGCCAUUCAUUUGAAGAUGAUGGUGUUUUCAAUAACUCAAGAAGAAGGAAUUCUGGUGGACUGAAUGGAAUUGUCUCUGUAGAGCUCGAUGCUGGAGCCAUUGGAGAAAUAUCUAAAGCAUCACAUCUGCAAAGAAUAAUAUCAAUUGAGGAAGAUCACCUGCCCCAGCUUCUUGACAGGCUGGUUGAUAAGCAGAUGAACAGAUGGACCAGAGAAGAUAAGAAUACAUCUGAGAUGGAAAUAGAUAAGCAAAACAUAGAACAAUCAAUGGAACACUCACCAUCAUCUUCUAGAGAGCAGUCUGUAAGGGUGUGACUGUCAAAUGAGGAGAGAAUACACUCUGUCCCAGACAGCUUAUUCAAGAUUAUUUUUGUGGGCAAUUCGAGUGUUGGAAAGACUUCAUUUUUAAGGCGAUUUUGUGCAGAUCCUUUUUUCCCAGGCACAGCUGCCACUGUAGGUGUGGAUUACAAUGUGAAAACCACCAGGGUAGAUAAUACCCAGGUAGUGCUGCAGCUCUGGGACACUGCUGGUCAGGAGCAGUAUGGAAGCAUUAGCAGGCAGAUUUUCAGAAAAGCUGAUGGUGUCGUCACUGUAACAGCCAAAGACACGCUCACAGCUCUCAGUCAGUGGCUGAUAAGCAUCAAGCAUGGGAUAAGGUACCUGGGUAAUAAAGCUGAUAACAAAAAGGAAGGCGAGGUCCCUAUGGGAACGGGAGAGCAUCUUGCCAAGCAUUACAAUUUGAUAUUCUGUGAAUGCAGUGCCUAUUCUGGAUACAAUACCAAAAAGCCUGUGCUUCACUUAGCUAGCUAAGAGAUUUUCACAGAAGAAGAGGAUGAGGUGAAAGAGGGAACCGUCGAACUUCAAUCUGAUAUGAAUAAAAAGUCCUGCUGUAGCAGGUCAUAA